AUGUCUCUUGAUCAUCUGAGGAUUGCUCGUGAUGGAUUUAUAAAGAGAAAAUCCGAAGAUGAAAAGCUAGCAACUUAUCAGCAGAAACGGCGUCAACUUCAACAGGCAAGGCUAGCGGCUAAGGAUGAUGUUCAACCUCAUGUUGAUGGCGUAGCUUCUGACUCAGAUGCUGAGGAAAGUGAACCCGUCUGGCAACCUCUUGAGCGCAAGAUCAGACCACAUGUUCCCGGCCUGAGGGUCGAACGAUUGGCCAGAGCUGAUCUUCAAGCUGAAUAUGAAGAAGAUGAUUACUUGGACGUAAUGUAUGGUGACCCUGAAGACCAAUUAGAAGAAGUCCCCAGUAAGGGUUUUGAUGAUGAUCAUGGAGGAGAGCUUGAAGAAAAUUCCAUGGAUGAUGAUGAUCGUGAGUCCGAUGACCCUGAUGAUUAG